AUGUGCUUCGGCGCUCGAAAAUCAGACGAUGGCGGCGCUGUUCGCUCGCGUGAUCUCGACCGUCUCAUUCGACAGGAUGAAAAACGUCUUGCAAAAGAAGUCAAGCUUUUGUUGCUAGGCGCCGGAGAGUCUGGGAAGUCUACCGUGCUGAAGCAGAUGAAAUUGAUUUACGCCCAAGGUUUCAGCAAGAACGAGAAGCUCGAAUGGAAGCCCGUCGUGUUCAACAACAUUGUUCAGUCCUUUCGCUUGAUCCAAGAUGCCAUGACCGAGAUGGGUAUCGAUUUCAGCAACCCCGAAAAUGAGGCAAGCAGCCCUUCCCCCUGGCACGGCCAAUCGCAUAAGCACAUGGCGCAUAUCCUUGUGGAACACGAGAUCAACGCCCAAGAUCCCCUCCCGCGCGACUAUUUGCAACCUAUAAAGGAGCUCUGGGUCGAUGAAGGUGUCAAACAAGCUAUUGCCAAGGGCAACGAAUUUGCUCUCCAUGAUAACCUGGCAUAUUUUUGCGACGACUUGGACCGCAUCUGGGACCAGGCCUACGUACCCACAGACCAGGAUUUGCUGCGCUCGAGGUUGCGAACCACUGGUAUCACCGAAACCGUUUUCGACCUGGGCCAACUGACAUACCGCAUGUUUGACGUUGGCGGCCAGCGUUCGGAACGAAAGAAGUGGAUCCACUGCUUCGAAAACGUCAACUGUCUGCUUUUCCUCGUCGCGAUUAGUGGUUACGACCAGUGCUUGGUCGAAGACAAAGAUGGCAACCAAAUGAACGAGGCGCUCAUGCUGUGGGAGUCGAUUGCCAACUCUCACUGGUUUACAAAGUCUGCGCUCAUUCUCUUCCUUAACAAGAUGGAUCUGUUCAAGGAGAAAUUAACCAACAACCCCAUUACAUCGCAUGGCUUCACUGACUACCACGGCCCUCCCGAUGACUGGAAAGCUGCCAGCAAAUACUUCCUAGACAAGUUCCGCGCCUUGAACCGGAAUACCGAGAAAGAAAUUUACGGACAUUUCACCAAUGCGACGGAUACGAAUCUGCUCAAGAUCACCAUGGGCUCAGUCCAGGACAUGAUCAUUCAACGCAACCUGAAGCAGCUGAUACUAUAA